CAUCUGGGCACGAUGUCUGAACUCGUUGAUUAAUUUGUGUUUAACACAUUUUCUCGGCCAAAUUGAAACAGUAGAUGGAACCGGAAGUUUCUGAAGAUUCGGUCUCCCGGGCUCUGAGGAGAUCGACGCGACGGCAGUCAACGGGAAAAACUCCGAUUUAUGAGGCGACCCCAAGAGGUCCCAUAAAAAGAUCUAAAAGGAGGAUAGAAAUGCAGGCGUCUUCUUCUGUCCCAAAUAUGAAUGGAUCCAGAAUUGUGGAGAAUGGCUCAGAAGAUGAAGCGUCUCCCGGCAAGAAAAGUCGACUGGAGGAGGAAGAAGAAACGUCGGGUGGCAGUGGUGACCAAAAGGAGAUGGAUCUCCAAAAAUCAGCACUGCAAGAAAACGAAGACCAGGAAAUGGAUGUUGCGGAAGACUCCUCAUGCAGUCCGUAUGGUCCAAAACUAGCACCUGGCUUCAGAGACGAUGUGAAUUUUUCUCCACAUGUUCUGCUUGGCGAGCGCUGCCGUCCAAGUGAAAAUACAGACAGCCACUUGCUGAAACGCAAUGAAAUCAAGGCAUCAUCGAAGAAAGAAACUGUCACGUUCACAAAGCCCAGUGCACCAACAGAAUCUUCGGGGAACACACACAAAGUGCGAGGCCGUAAAAUCACCAGCAUGGCCGAGUACAAGACGAAGAUGGAGGCUACAGCCAAAAGCGCCGGCAUCUUCAGAGUCAACCACCACAGUGUCCCAAACGUGCAGGCACCCUCUGUGACAUCAUACACGCUACGACACAGACCCAAUAACAUUCCGACCCGGAAAGAACCGGUCUCGCAGAAGAAAAAAGAAGUUAACAAGACACAAGGAAUUGCCAGGAGAUGUUCUAGAGAAACAUCACGAGGAUCGCUUCAUUAUUUCUGCUGGGCAGUUUUGGUCCUGCUGCUCCUCAGCUCUGCUGUGCUGCUGCUCAACAAGGACAAGGCGAUGGCGCUGUACCAGGCGUCUGCGGGUGGAGCUCGGCGUCCAUCCAGGUCUGUGAGACUCGAGCCCUUCGCAGAUCUUUUGUCAAAACUGGAGGCUCGCUUCCGCAGUCAGAGGCCCGAACUGUGGAAAAGGAGCAAGAUCCACUUGGAGAAACACCUCAAAAGCGCCGAACCCACAGAGCCCGUCAGUUUGAUCCUGACAUCCGGGCGCAGCGCUGAAAAGACGCUUUCUUGCCUGGCCGAAGGCCUGGCAUCCGCCUUCUCCUCUGCACUGGAGGCUUCCGUGCUGCAAAUCGACGGAGCCGGCAAAGCCGGCCUGGAGAGCGACGACGUGAAGCUGGAUGUGGACGGGCUGCUGCGGACGGCCUUCGGGGGAAACCGAGCGGCGGCCGUCAUCCACCGCUUGGAGGAGCUGCCGCCCGGCUCCACCCUCAUUUUUUAUCGCUAUUGCGAUCACGAACACGCCGCCUACAAGGAGGUCUUCCUGUUGUUUACGGUGCUGCUGCCCAGGAAAGAGCUCAGCGGGGAGCUUGGAGUUGUCGAGGAGAUGGUUCAGGACUAUCUUAAAGACAGGCUGGUGGGCUCGAGCAACCGCACGUCCUUCAACGAGAUGGACACGGACAAGUUUGGUGGACUGUGGAGCCGCAUCUCCCACCUGGUCCUGCCCGUGGUGGCCGAGCGCGAAAUCGAGGAGAACGGAUGCUGAGGAGACAGACGGGCCUUUUCACAGUUGGACCUGACCGGGUCAUUCCAUGUCAAAUCAUCCCCAAAUUUCAGGUUUCAUUCCAAUUUUGAGGUGUUGUCCUACAUUCGGAUGUUUCUGCAAAAUCACUCAAGAUUUUUUUUUUUUUACUUUGAAGUACACGCAGGCAGGGGUUGUGUUUGAGUCAAUUGAAGAACAUUACUGUCAGGAAGUAUUCUUGCAAAUCUCCAACCACCCCUUUUUAUUAUGUAUUUAUUUAUUUAGUUAGUUUUAAGGGAAGUAUUCACUAGCCACCAUUUUAAAAGAGGAAGUCAACUCAAAACGUUUGAAAUAAUUCGUUCCGUGUGGCCUCGCUUUGCAGAAUAUGCAUGAGGCUGCCGAAUCCAACCGUUUUUAUUUAUCUCAUGGGGCGGCCAUUUUGUCCCUUGCUGUCAACCGAAAAUGACAUCACAGUUGCUCAGAAUGUCAUAUGAUGAAACUCAGAAAAAGGGUAAGCAGUGAUUUAUCGUUACCUGAGCCCUUGGGCACUGUGAUGUCACAUGGAUUGUACCGCAUGAUUCAUAUUCUACAAACACAAUAUUGAUCAGAAUGCCACGUUUAGACUCGUUGGGGUGCAUAACAACAUUUUAUGGUCAAGAACAUUUUUGAGUUUGACUUCCGCUUUACAGAUUUUUUUAUUUUUUUUUUGUGAAACCUUUUUUGAUAGUAAAAUAAUUAAUUGCGUGCUGAGGCUGAAAUUCUUUCUUCAAGGGGUUGACAACUAAAAUGUUGGGUAUCGUGAUGUCUUCCCUUCCUUUUCCAACCACACCUGAAAAUUUGAAGGAAAAUCUCCGUUGGGAAAGAAAAAUUCUUGAGCUCACCUGGAAUGACCCAGACGGUCCCUCGAUGAGCUCAUUGUUGAACUCGACCCGGAACCAAGCUCUUAUUUUUGAUAUGAAGUCAACUCACAACGUUGACAUUGAUAAUCGAUCAUUUUGACUCCUUGACAUUUUGUCGCAGCGCUUUCCAUCACUCAAAUUAGACAUUUGAAUCCCCUUUUCUGACACACAAUUUAAUUUGUGUUCCUUUUUUUGUGACUGACCAGCAAGCAUCCUCGUGCUCCUCUUUUGUUUUGAGUGAAAAUCUGCAAUUAAUGCAUCCAACCUCUCUCGUGACCGAUAAAUUCCUUUCUUAACGUCUCAAUUCUUUUCAUUUCUCUUUUCUUGUGUUACAAACAGACUGGUUUGCACUGAGGUUUAAUCAAGAUGACUUUUAUUAAAUAAAAUAAAAUGCAUGUUAUGGUUUUGUUCAUAAUAUAUUGUCGUAUCUUAAGAUUUGUUAUAUUUUUGUGUGAAUAUUGAAUACAUUGUCAGAAUAUUUCAUCUUUGCAACUGCGAUCUCUUACACACUGUACAGCUUCUAAUGGACUAACGUGUGCCUUUUGAUAGAAAGGAAAGAUGUUUUUUGAAAUAUGCAAAGCAAGAUGAAUAAUUGAGGAUAUCAAUCCGAUGUAAUCAUUUCUUUUCCUGGUUUGUGCUUUUAAAAUUCCCAUAUUUUUGUUCGAUGUCAUUUGUAUUACUAUUUGACAUUACUAAAUAUGUUGAAUAAAGAUUAUUUUGAUA